CCGGGUAGCAGACCCGUGACCUAUCUACAUGUAUACUGGACAUAGACAUCCAGUAACCUGAACGAACUAUUUCAAAACACUUCACACCUUUCUACCAACGGAAGAAAGUGUUAGUAUAAAAGUGAGUUAGUGUUUAUUAUAAACAACAGUUUCUGUCAUCAGGUUAGAAACAUCCUAACUAGCUUAAAUUUCAAUGAAACGUGUUCAGCUGGAACAUACUUGGAUUCAUGGCAUGACGCAAUGGCCGAGACCGACAGGAAACGGAAGCUUUUAGGACCGGUCAGUAGUAGAUUGUAGGAACAUUGGUCGAGACCAGUAUCAGCAAAUUGUAUCAAAUUUUGGACAAGGAACCGGAAACAGUAAAACUGUAGGGACAGUGAAAGAGGAACCGGAAAUAAUUAUCUCUGUGGGAACAACGAGAAACAUUGACGUCGUGGAUGUCGGUAACCCCAGGUUAAAGGUAUGAUGUUGAAAUAUCCGUGGACACAAUUGAACGUUUUCAGCGUACACCAAUAAACAUAGGACCGUUUAGGACUAAGACGGAAAGGAAUAGUGUCGUAUCCGUGUGUUGGCCAGUUCGUGUUUUAUGUGAAGUAUUACGAACCCGAAUUGUAGUCAUGAUAACGCUAGUAUUUGUUUGUUGUGUCUUGUCUGUCACAGGAAAGGAUAUUCUCUCCCGUCACAAGGAAUGUCUGCCGGAGUUCGGAUGCUUUGUUUCGGACGGAAUCGUCCCUGUUCCACAACAGCCGACCACUGUCAACACACACCUGAAGUUGUUCACGCGCUCGAGUCCGCACAACGCAAGGACGAGCUUUGCAGUGGACAGAUUCGUCAGUGAUAUUGGUCAGUUUUCCUCUCUUUUUGAUACCUCAAAAAAUACCAAAUUCAUUAUACACGGAUAUUUGGAUUCUGGAACUAGUCCCUGGGUCAUACAACUGACCAGCGAGCUAUUACUGAAGGGAGACUUCAACGUGAUCGUGGUGGACUGGCAAAGCGGGAGUAAACAGGGGUAUAACCUCGCUGUGGGCAACUCGUUUCUGGUUGGAGCGGAAGUGGCAAAAGUGCUGAGAUAUCUUCACGAAAAUCACUCUCUCGACUAUGGUCGGAUACACAUCAUUGGUCACAGCCUCGGAGGCCAAAUCGCUGGGCAUAUUGGGUACCGGGUCAAAGGAAUCGGUCGAAUCUCCGGAUUGGAUCCUGCCGAGCCGGACUUUCGUGACAAAAGCACUAAUCGGAGACUUGACAAAUCCGAUGCUACUUUCGUGGACAUCAUCCAUACAGAUGGUUCAAAGUUUAAACUGCUAUCGGGUUACGGCUUACUAACACCGAUGGGUCACGUGGAUUUCUAUCCUAAUAUGGGUCAGCACCAGCCAGGAUGUGACGAAAAACCCGUCAUAAGUGCCAUUGAUAAAAUUUUACACGGGUCCAUAGGGGGCGCCACUAACUCCGUUACCUGUAGUCACCAUCGCGCAAUUGAAUAUUAUAUUGAAUCUAUCAAUUCAGUCUGUAAGUUUUACGGCCACGCAUGCCCGUCAGCGUCAGAGUUCGACAACGGCGCGUGCUUGGAUUGUCCAGAGAGUGGCUGCCCGGUAAUGGGGUACGACGCUGACCAAUCUGUGGAGCGGGGCUCCUUCUAUCUCAGUACGUCUGCGUCAAAACCUUUCUGUGCAAACGAGUAUUAUGUGGAAAUAAACGUGUCCCAUUUCACAAGAACUUCCUACGGGGAACUUCUGGUGACUCUAAAUGGUGUGAAUGGAAAGUCUGAAGAGAUGAAAUUUUCUCCACGUAAUGAGUAUUUCCGUAGUGACCAGGUAGAAAAACACGUCAUAGGCACAAACAUCGAUGUAGGUCAAAUGACGUCAUUGCGCGUGAAGUAUGAGGAGCCAGAACAUAACCAUCAUACGUCACAUACGGCCCAUGAAAUUAGAAUACACAGCGUCAUUAUAGGCUCUGGGGAAAUGUCGAACGACAGAAUAAAGUUCUGUGGGCAUGAGGACGGCAUCCAUCCGGAUGGUACUCUCACUCUGUCCUCACGCUGGGGCUGUUAGGAUCGACUCUCCUGUGAUAGGCCUAGCUCUGAAACUGUUAGUAUCGGCUCUCCCGUGAUAGAUCCAGCACGGUGGCUGUUAGGAUAGGCUCUCCCAUGAUAGACCCAGUACUGGGACUGUUAGGAUAGGCUCUCCCAUGAUAGACCCAGCAGUGGGACUGUUAGGAUAGACUCUCCCAUGAUAGACCCAGCACUGGGGCUGUUAGGAUAGGCUCUCCCAUGAUAGACCCAGCACUGGGGCUGUUAGGAUAGGCUCUCCCAUGAUAGACCCAGCACUGGGGCUGUUAGGAUAGGCUCUCCCAUGAUAGACCCAGUGCUGGGACUGUUAGGAUAGACUCUCCCAUGAUAGACCCAGCACUGGGGCUGUUAGGAUAGGCUCUCCCAUGAUAGACCCAGUACUGGGACUGUUAGGAUAGACUCUCCCAUGAUAGACCCAGUAGUGUGGCUGUAAGGAUAGGCUCUCCCAUGAUAGACCCAGUACUGGGACUGUUAGGAUAGACUCUCCCGUGGUAGAUCACGCACUAGGGCUGAUAAAAUGGGCUCCCCUGUGAUAGGUCUAAUAUUUUGGCUGAUAGGAUAGGCUCUCAGGUGAUAGACCCAGCACUUGGACUGUUAGGAUCGGCUCUCCUUGUGAGUGGCCCAGAACUGAGACAGAAUAAGCUUCCCUGUGAUUGGCCCAGCAAUGAGACAGAAUAAGCUUCCCCAUGAUAGGCCCAGCACUGAGACAGAAUAAGCUUCCCUGUGAUAGGCCAGGCACUGAGAUAUCAUUUAGCUUCCCUGGGAUUGGCCCAGCACUGAGACAGAAUAAGCUACCCUGUGAUAGGCCCAGCCUGAGACAGAAUAAGCUUCCCUGUGAUAGGCCCAGCACGGAGACAGAAUAUGCUUCCCUGUGGUAUGCCCAGCACUGAGACAGAAUAAACCUCCCUGUGGUAGGCCCAGCAUUGAGACAGAAUAAGCUUACCUGUGAUAGGCCAGGCACUGAGACAGAAUAAGCUACCCUGUGAUAUGCCCAGCCUGAGACAGAAUAAGCUUCCCUGUGAUAGGCCCAGCACGGAGACAGAAUAUGCUUCCCUGUGGUAGGCCCAGCAUUGAGACAGAAUAAGUUUCCCUGUGAUUGGCCCAACACUGAGACAGAAUAAGCUUCGAUGCUAAACUUCGAUGUGAUAGGCCCAACACUGAGAUAUAAUUUAGCUUCCCUGUGGUAGGCCAAGCAAUGAGACAGAAUAAGCUUCCCUGCGAUAGGCAAAGCACUGAGACAGAAUAAGCUUCCCUGUGGUAGGCACAGCAUUGAGACAGAAUAAGCUUCUCUGUGAUAGGCCCAGCAUUGAAACAGAAUAUGCUUCCAUGUGAUAGGCACAGCAUUGGGACAUAAUAAGCUUCCCUGUGGUAGGCCCAUCAUUGAGACAGAAUAAGCUUCCCUGUGGUAGGCACAGCACUGAAACAGAAUAAGCUUUCCUGUGGUAGGCCCAGCACUGAGACAGAAUAAGCUUCCCUGUGAUAGGCCCAGCACUGAGACAGAAUUAGCUUCACUGUGAUAGGCCUAGCAUAGAGACAGAAUAAGCUUCCCUGUGAUAGGCCCAGCACUGAGACAGAAUAAGCUUCCCUGUGAUCGGCCCAGCACUGAGACAGACCAAGCUUCACUGUGAUUGGCCUAGCACUGAGACAGAAUAAGUUUCCCUGUGAUAGGCACAGCACUGAUACAGAAUAAGCUUCACUGUGAUUGGCCCAGCAUUGAGACAGAAUAAGCUUCUCUGUGAUAGGCCCAGCACUGAGACAGACUAAUAUAAGCUUCUCUGUGAUUGGCCCAGCACUGAGACAGAAUAAGCUUCCCUGUGAUAGGCCCAGCAUUGAAACAAAAUAAGCUUCUCUGUGAUUGGCCCAACACUGAGACAGAAUAAGCUUCUCUGUGAUUGGCCUAGCACUGAUACGGAAUAAGCUUCACUGUGAUUGGCCCAGCAUUGAGACAGAAUAAGCUUCUCUGUGAUUGGCCCAGCACUGAGAAAGAAUAAGCUUCCCUGUGAUUGGCCCAGUACUGAGACUGUUUUAUUAGCUUCCGAGUGAUAUACCAAACACUUAAGUUGUUCGGGAGCCCUCAAGUGUCUGUAAACAUGAUAGAGUGGUUUUAUUUUCUAUAAUAAAAAGUUUAAUAUCGGAA